UCCGCCAUCUUAAUCACUCUGACACGACAUUCUUGUGGCAGUAUUAUUUAAGGCCUGGCAUGCUCGGAUAGUCCUUCGUCCUUUAUUGUUCUGUUUUAACCUCUAGGGAAGUUUUUUAUUUCUGAAAUUAGACAGUGGGUGUUUAAUUUAUCGAUCAAAAUAGCUUUUACGCUCUGGUCAGUAGUGCGAUCAUUCAAUAGCAACAUGCCUAGUAUCCCGGCCGCUAAAAACGCGAACAAAGAAGGCAUGGCGAAAACCACUACAGAAGACAGCGACACCGAUGAAAGCUACGACAGUUUGCCUGAAUUGGUGGCUUGCACGGACGACGAGGACUCCGAGGAUGAAGGUUACCGUAAGAAGUCUGCGUCCAAGACUAAAACCAAGGGAAAGGACAAAUCAACAGCGAAGGCAAAAAACAAUGCUGAGUGUGCAGAUAUUUGGUAUAAACUGAGCAAAGAUGAAAAGGAAAGUCACAUCCGCGUCAUGAGGAUUUACCUACUAUCACCUUUCCUGUUUGGUCAAGUUUAUCAAGAUGACAAGUGGAUUAACUGGGCAUAUGAUUGCAAGCUGUUACCCUCCAAGAGCGACUUUGAGAUAAAGGAAUUGAGUGAGGAGCGUUUUAAUGUAGUGGAUUUAGUUGAAACAGCAUUCAACAAACUGGCUGAAAACGUGCUUCUAAAAAAUAAAGAUGGCUUGGUUAAGACACUGGACAUUAUGGGAAAUCCAAGAAUGACAAUGUCCCAACACAGUGACAAGGCAAUAACCUGUGCAGAGAGUUUUCUUUCCUUCAGCAACACAAGAGAUAAGAUCAAGCUGAAGUCAGGAUUGAAUAAGAAACAAGCAGAUGUGGCCCUACUUUUAGCACACAAUCAAGUUGCUGAUCAUGUCAAACAGUUAGCAGCUGGUGUGGAUCUUGCUGAACAGUUCAACAAGAGGUGCAAGGAAGAAGAAGAAAAAACUGUUGACAAAAAGAAAGAGGGAAAUGAUGCAUUUACCAGUGGAAAAUAUACACGUGCAAUUUCAGUUUAUUCUAUGGCUCUACAUAUGAGCGCAUAUAAUCACGUUCUUUAUUGUAACCGAUCGCAGAGCUUCCUUAAAACUAAACAGUUAGGAAGUGCCCUUGCAGAUGGCAGGAGAGCAGUUGUACUUAAGGCAGACUGGCAUAAGGCUCAAUAUAGAUAUGCACAGGCAUUUUUUGAGACUGGAAAUAUUACCAGAGCAAAGGAGGCAAAUAGAGCUGCAUGCAAAAUUUGCUCUGACAAGAAAGAUCUGGAAGCCCAGUACAGAAUGUUUGACAGAGUUGCUAAAGAUGGUAAAGGAAAAGCAACAGAAAAUAAGAAGCCUUCGAAAACUUCUGUUGCUAAACAGAAGGAUUCUAGGGAUAGUGAGCCAGAGGACCUUCCAGCUUUGGUAGAUCCAGAGUCCAGUGACACAAGCAGAGAUAACUCUGAUGACGAGGGGGUACCUGACUUGGUGGAUCUGGAAAGUUCAGAAGAUAGUGAUGUUUCUGAUAAUAAUGAUAAAACAGAGGAUCCUCACACAGAAACCUCUGAUGGAUAUGAAUCAAAUGAAUCUGCAACCAAGAAAAAGAGUGCUGUAUCAACAAAGUCCAAGAAACGUCACCCAAGUGAGAAGAUCAAACAAAUUAUCAGAGGAGCGCUUCAAGAAAAAGCUAAGACAGAGGAAAAACCUAAAACAGAGGAAAAACCUAAGAAAGAAGAAAGACAGAAGAAGCCUGUAGAGCCCGCAGUCAAAAAAGAAGCUACAAAGCCAGUAAAGCAGAAUAAAAAGGGGUCACAAGGAGAUCAGAGUGGGAAUAAUCCAAAGUUAAGAGAAUUUACCUCCCACCUCAAACAAGGAAGUAAAGCUAUGACAGAAAAGAAAAACGACAUUGCUGUUUGUAAUUAUGGAGAGGCUGUUGCACUUUUAAAAGAGAAUGGUAAUCAAUACCAGAUCUAUGAAAUGAAGGAGAUAGAUUUUGUUAUAUUACUGUAUAGUUUUGGAGCAGCUCUCUUGGAAGUUGGUGGCCAGGAGGAACUACUGGCAGCCAAGAAACAUUUUGAGAUUAUUGUAGUAGAACAUAAAACUGUAGUCUUUCCUUUAGCAUAUUUAGGAACAGGAAGGGUGUUUUAUAAACAGAACAGGUUCACAGAAGCCUUAGAUCAUUUAGAAGAAGGCCUUGGUUUAGUAAACAAAUUGGGUGAUGAGAAGUUAGCUUCUUAUAGAUGGCCUGGGUCUCAAGUCAUUAUUGACGACACUAAACCUGGAAAGUUAUUGAGUGCUAUUCAGACGUUAAUUAGAAUUUGUCGUCAUCCACCGCGACCUGAUGUUAUUUGCAGAUAUCCUGAUUGUCCAAAUAAAACACAGAUUUACCUUACUGAUCCUGACUACAAAGGAUACAUACGACUAAUCUGUCAUGAAAACUGUAAAGUAGAUUUCCAUCCAGGAUGUUGGAAAAAGCAAAAGAGCUCCGAAGAUGGAAAAACUGGCGACAAGGAUUUUCUUGAUGAUAUCUGCAUGACUCCUGACUGUGAAGGCUCUGUAAUUAAUGUCCAGAUCUAUGAUAUGGAAGGUCUUAAAACUGAGUUUAAGCAUGAGAAGCCAGCCACAAAACAGGAGAGCAAACCAAAACAAUCAAAGCAAAAUAAACUUAAAGCAAAUGUUGCUGGUGCUAAACAAAAGAAAAAAAAGGAUAAAGAUGACAUCAAGAUAGAGGACUUUGCGACACCUGAAACAUCGCCUAGUGACAUUGGUGAAGAAAAGAUGGUCCAUAACCCCCCACCCCCUCCUCCCUUACCAGGACAAAAAGAAGGGAAACCGAUGAAGGGAGACCACAAUCAGCUGGAAAAGAGUGGUCAGGACUCUUCUGAUGCCAGCAUUCCAACAGGCGAUGGAGUGUUUAUCUUAAAGAAAGAGGAAGACGAAGACUCAGUCAAGGGAGUUGGUGUAAAAGGAGUAAACAAGGUUAAAACCAAAAAGAAAAAACUUAAGAAUACACAGACGCUGGAUGAAUUUCUCAAAGAUCACGGUGGAGUGCAAACACUCAGACCAACUUAUGGUGAAGAUUACGAAGACCUGGGUGAAAUCCCGCAUCCUAAAUGUAAAUUUGACGUGGUUACUCAACCACCAGGCUGGAGUCAGCAGGAGGUGGAAGCACCGUUUGCUAUUCCACCUCAUUUACAAGAUAGCGCAGCUGAGCUUGAGGCAAGUUACAAGAUGGAAGUGGCAUCAGACAUCAUCUCAACGUCUUUACCACCUCCGCCAUCCAUUAGUUUGGAAGCAGUCACGGAAUAUGUUAGCUCAAUGUUACACGAGAUUUUACGAGUCCAAGGAGGUCUGGAGCUCGCUGACCCGAGCAUCAUGCAGCCUUUGAGCAUGCUACCGGAUGAUUACCAAGAUAUCAUUUCCAGUGCUGGAGGACUAAAGGCUAUCUUAGAACACUCUGGAAAAUUUUUAUUUGACGGUAACAGGGUUAUGCUACCUGAGGACAAGGAAUUUGAAGACUUGGUAAAAACUCUUAAACCUGCGAGUAGUAACAAUCCAUUCUUGGACAGAACGAAUAGUGGAUUCAAAACCAAUAUUAAACAGGAAAAAGGUACUCAGGACAACAAUAAAUCAAAUUCUGUUGAUGUUCUUUUUACUACGGCUGGUAAACCGCACGACGGAGGCGUAAAUUCGUCUUCCUCGAUGUCGUCAUCUCCAGUGCUUAAUCCGAAUGGUACAGAAUAUGUUUCUUCGUCACAAACGGAUUUGUUAUCAGCUAGCUCGUCGAAAACAUCUAUUGGCAGUGAUUCUACGUUAAAAGGUGACGAUGAUGAACAAACGAUUGACAGAAACGACACUCUUGUUGAAAAUCCUGAACAAAAUAAUUCGAAUGGUGAAACUCUAGUUGAUAGCGUUUCAGAAGGUGAUCUCACUGUCACCAAAUCCACCAAUGAAACGCAAGGCGAAAACUACCAAGAUUUUGCUAGUGAUACGACUUCUUUGAAAGCCGAGCAUUUGUCUUUAAAUGAUAAUAAUGUUGCGGACUCAAGCUACGAUGAUAGUCGAGUUAAUACCUCUGUUGAAACAGUUGAAAAGGAGGUAUCUUCACUUGUAGCGAGCGAGGACAACAACCCUUCACAAAGUAAUCAAAAACUUAACGCCGGUGUUUCCACCACUGAACCGGCGAUAGUUAGCAAAACCAAAGCUGUGCAAACGCAACCGAAUGUGAAAAGUAAAGGUGUAGGCACAGAUCCAAUCCCUGAACCUUUUAAGGCAGAAUAUCAAAGGGUCGCGGCAGAAAAAGACGCUUUACAAGCGAGGCUACAAGAAAACGUCGAUAGGCAUAACGCCUUACUCAAUAAGAACUCUGCGGAAGUGGAGAAAGUAAAGAAGAAGCUCGCUGAUGCUCUGCAAGAGAAAGAGAAAUACUCAAAAGAUGUUCAAGAAGUAAAGAAGGAGAACCAGGAGGAAAUACGUAAACUACGCCAACAGUGCGAAGACAAAGACGAUAAGAUCAAAACCUUGAACCAUAAACUGGUACAAGAAGCACAGGACAAAACCAACGUGAUUACCAGUGUUAAAAAAGAGCUGUCAACUGUUAAAGGGCAGUACACAUCAGAGAAGGAUUCCUGGAACAAAGAACGCUCUGAGAAGGACGAGUUGUUAAAAAAUACUAAAGCUCAAAAUCUACAACAACAGGCUAGGGCUCAGGAUGCAGAGAUCAAACUGCUUGAACUUCGCCGUGACGUUGGUUUGAGGUUUCUGGAGAGAGCGUUCCAAGAAUCGCAUAUAACCAUCAAUAAUUUGAUACAAGCUGUGAACGCAAGAAUUACUGGCCCUAAAGUAGAGGAAGUCGUCACUGCGUGGAAGAAUUACGCUUCUGAAUGCCAUCAGAGAGUCGUGCAAUGCAAGACGACAUUCAAUGAGCAAAUUGAUCUGCUAAAAAAUGGCAGAACUUUGUCCAGUUUACCUCAGCUGAACAUCCCCGGACCGCCACCAUAUCCAGGCAUUCCAGUUCUACAGUCUCUGGUACCCGGACAACAACAAAACCAAACGCAGGCCCAGCCGCAGGCCCAGCCGCAGGCUCAGCCCCAGGCCCAGCCCCAGGUACAGGUACAGGCCCAGCCCCAGGCUCAACCCCAACUGCAGCCCCAGGUUCAACCCCAACUGCAGCCCCAGCCCCCACUGCAACAACACCUUCAACCGCAACUUCAACCUCAAUACCAGCCCUCUCCGGAAAGUAACAUUUUAACACCUGAACCCCCCGUUCCGACCAGCUCUGCUAGUGCUAAUACGGGGGGUCCUUUAGCUGCGGCUCCACUUCCAGUUGUUGCUGCUGUUCCAGUUGGUGCAGAACAGCCUCUGGUUGCUGGUAAUCUUGCAGUAGGUGGUGCAAUGGCAGUCGUACAGGACAAGGCGCGACCAUCAAACAGCUUUGAAAAGAUUAUGCUGCGUCUGUCGACCAUGUAUCCAAACUUUACCAGGUUGGAAUUGACCGGCUUUAUCAAAGAGGUACGGUCUAACAAACAUGGCUCACUUACUGGAUUGUCACUAGAGGACAUCGUCGCUAGUGUCUCAGAGCUGGUUGAACAGAAAAAGAAGGCUGGUUUGUUACGUACGACCCCUGUGGCUCAUGCUAAGCAACCUCAAGCACAGAAGACCCAACAAAUCCAGAUCUCUAAGCUAGCCUUAACAGAGGCGGCCAAGAUGGCGAUCGCCACAGGGAGCUACGAGGAAGACCCGUGUGUCAUCUGUCACGAAGACAUGAACGCGUCCAUUGAUAUAGUAACGUUAGAGUGUGGUCACAGAUAUCAUUCACCGUGUAUCCGAAAGUGGUUGUUGGGGGAACAGAGCACGUGUCCAACUUGUCGUGUUCAUGCCCUUCUUCCAGAUGAAUUCCCUCGUCUCAGGUGAACACUUCUUGAAAGUAUGGGGAAGGCGGGCACCCGUUCAGCGUGUGGUGUUCACGCUCUUCUCGGACAUUCGUACUUCAUGUUCACGUGUACGUCACGUGUUUGUUUAAUAGAUAAAUGGCAAUGUGUAAUGUCGAUGUAUUUGAGGGGCACUCUGGAAACUGCGGAGGCGGAUGAGGAGUUAUCUUCUGUCUGUCUCACUUGAUCUACGAGGAGAACGACAAGCUAACGCUUUUAAGAGAGUUUUCUUUGAUGGCUUGUUAUACUUGAGUGGAAUUUACACACUCAUUUCAUAGAGAAACCUACAUGAGUUUAUCGUUGGAGCCCGUCUACUUAUAUUUUUACCUUUCCGGAAUGUCAUCACCUUGAGGCAGAUCAGAGACAACUAUAUCUGCGUUGUUAAGCUAAGUUACAGAUGAAGUGAGUUUUAAUUAGAAAUAAUUUUAAUUAAAAACCGUAGCUACUUCUACUGUUUGGGCUCUUUUUGCCGAGUUGCCAUAUGUAAAGAUGCAUUCGGAUUAGCAUACUAAACGUUUCCUCAUUGACGGACAAUAAGGUUUCUCUAUUAACACAAGAUUUCCAGCCUUAUUUCCUAAUUAACUUCGAAACAUUGGCAAGAACUAUUUGUGCUUACCAUGAAUACGAACAACAUGUUAAUUACUUUUUUAGGAAACAUUUUUAAUUUCGAUUGAAAACAAUAAAGUUGGAAACAGUUUGUUUGC